AUGCUUUACCUCGUUGGUCUCGGUCUCGCCGACGAGUCAGACAUCACCGUCAAAGGACUGCAAGUUGUGAAGCGCGCAGAAAGAGUCUACCUCGAGGCAUACACCAGCAUUCUUCACUGUGGGAAGGAUAAAUUGGAGUCAUUCUAUGGACGGCCCGUGAUUGUCGCGGACCGCGAAAUGGUCGAAUCGUCCAGCGACGAGAUCCUGGCAGGGGCGGACAAGGCAGACGUUGCUUUUCUGGUUGUUGGCGAUCCAUUUGGGGCUACGACUCACACAGAUCUCGUUCUUCGGGCCCAGGAGCUCUCUAUUCCCGUCAAGUCGAUUCCUAAUGCCUCCAUUCUCAACGCCAUCGGUGCAACAGGCCUACAGCUCUACAACUUCGGCCAGACCGUUUCCAUGGUCUUCUUUACCGAGAACUGGAAACCGGCCAGCUUUUAUGACCGCAUCCGAGAAAACGCCUCGAUUGGCCUGCACACCCUGUUGCUACUAGACAUCAAAGUGAAAGAGCAGUCGCUUGAGAAUAUGGCGAGAGGGAGAAAGAUUUACGAGCCUCCGCGCUUCAUGACUGUCAUGCAGUGUGCCCAGCAGAUGCUGGAAAUAGAGGAGGAGAAGAAAGAACGUGUCUAUGCUGAAGACAGUCUCGCCAUCGGCUGCGCGAGAGUUGGGGGCGAUGACCAACAAUUUGCCUGCGGGACGCUGAAAGAGCUAUGUGACGUUGACUUGGGCCCUCCACUCCACAGCCUCGUGCUGCUCGGUAAAAGAGCGCAUGAGUUGGAGAAGGACUACAUCAAGAGGUUUGCCGUCAAUGAAGAGACGUUCGAGCAGAGUUGGAAGAAGUACCAUGACCGGAACCAAUGA